AUUUCAUAUUUGUUUUGAGGAUAAAAUUGUCUGAUUGUCAUUCAAACAGAUUACAUUACUGAGUAAUUUUCAAAUAAUAAUAUUAUCAAUUUUUUUUCAGAUCUUGAAUUUCGUUUAUUAGUUUUCUAAGCUGCAGGUCAUGAAAUAGGCUUUCUAGUUAGGUUUACACUAGUUUGUAUAGAAUUUCACUGAAAAAAUAAAUUCAAAUUCAUAAACAUGAUCAAAGCAAUUUUGGUAUUCAACAAUCAUGGAAAACCACGAUUAUCGAAGUUUUAUCAAUAUUUCCCUGAAGAUAUGCAGCAGCAAAUAAUAAAAGAAACUUUCCAAUUAGUGUCAAAAAGAGAUGAUAAUGUUUGUAAUUUUUUAGAAGGAGGAAGCCUUAUUGGAGGAAGUGAUUACAAAUUGAUUUAUCGACACUAUGCUACCUUAUAUUUUGUAUUCUGUGUGGACUCCUCUGAAAGUGAACUAGGUAUUCUGGAUUUAAUACAAGUUUUUGUAGAAACUCUUGAUAAAUGCUUUGAAAAUGUGUGUGAGCUGGAUCUUAUCUUUCAUGUUGAUAAAGUACAUUACAUACUCAAUGAACUUGUUAUGGGGGGUAUGGUACUUGAGACUAAUAUGACUGAAAUACUCACUAGAAUAGAGGAUCAGAAUAAACUGGAAAAACAGGAAGCUGGUAUUAUUGCUGCACCAGCAAGAGCUGUGUCUGCUGUGAAAAAUAUGAACAUUCCUCAGCAAAUCAAAGAUAUCAAAUUACCUGAUCUUCCCCAAGCAAUAAAAGAUCUCAAAUUCUGACCUCCACUUCAGAAUUUGAAGAAAAUAGACUAUAGUGCAAUUUGUCAUCCUGGUGAUGAUUCUCUUUUGAGUGCAUCAUCCACAUCGAGAUAUACUUAAUUCAUUGAAAAUAUGUCAUAAGAAUGUUUUAUAGAAACUUGAAUUAAACAUAUAUAGUAAUA